GGAUUGGCGGGGCGCCGCUCUCUGGGCCGGGCAUAGAGGCGGUAAGAGGACUUGCGGCGGGCCACUUCGGCUUCUUCUCCGGCCUGUUCUCUACGCGGCUUCCCGCGCGUCCAGUCGGCCACCAUGGGGAAGCGAGAUAAUCGUGUGGCCUACAUGAAUCCAAUAGCAAUGGCCCGGUCAAGGGGUCCAAUCCAGUCUUCAGGACCAACAAUCCAGGAUUAUCUGAAUCGACCAAGGCCUACCUGGGAGGAAGUAAAGGAACAGCUGGAAAAGAAAAAGAAGGGCUCCAAGGCUUUGGCUGAGUUUGAAGAAAAAAUGAAUGAGAAUUGGAAGAAAGAACUAGAAAAACAUAGAGAAAAAUUAUUAAGUGGAAAUGAGAGCUCAUCCAAAAAAAGACAGAAAAAGAAAAAAGAAAAGAAGAAAUCUGGUAGGUAUUCAUCUUCUUCUUCAUCGAGCUCUGAUUCUUCCAGCAGUUCUUCAGAUUCUGAAGAUGAGGAUAAAAAACAAACAAAAAGAAGGAAGAAAAAGAAGAGCCGUUGCCAUAAGUCUCCCGAGACCUCAGUGUCGGCCUCAGACUCAGACAGCAAGGAUGGUUCAAAAAAGAAAAAGAAGUCAAAGGAUGUAACUGAAAGAGAAAAGGACACUAAAGGACUCAGCAAAAAGAGAAAGAUGUAUGAAGAUAAACCAUUAUCAUCUGAGUCGCUGUCAGAGUCAGACUGCGGAGAGGUGCAAGCAAAAAAGAAGAAAAGCGGUGAAGAGCGAGAGAGAACAACAGACAAAGCCAAAAAGAGAAGGAAGCAUAAGAAGCACAGCAAGAAGAAGAAAAAGAAGGCUGCCAGUUCAAGCUCAGACUCACCGUAGCGUCAGGAAGACCAGGGUCCUUACAGAGUGCAAUGUCAAAGGAGCUCUCAACUGUGAAGAUGAUGACAUACUUAGUAACGUGCAUGAAUUCCCUUGUUUUUAGACUUGUCCUGGACUAGUCAGUAGCCACUUGGAUUCCGCUGUGUGAAGGGCCAUGAUUGUUGCCUGCUGCUUGAACACCUUAUCCUCUUCCAGUGUUUGGUGACUCUGGGAGAUAGUACUUUGCAGUCAUACUAGUGGUUAAGAUAUUUGGAAUAAAGCUAAU